AUGAGAGAGACCUACGCGAUACUAUACACUAUUCCGUCUAUCCCUACUAAGCAGCAGUCUUUGGUGCUUCAAGUGAAGAGAAGUGCGAGAGGGAAGCUUUGGGGGAGCGGUAACUUAAGAUUCAUGUACGAGGACGUGAAAAAGACGAGAUACCUAGAGACUCUAGAAACCUACGGGAGACCCAGCUCAAUAGUCCCCUCCUUUCCAAACACUUUCGAACGCCGAAAGCUGUAUAACUAUAUCAGCUUUUUUCCCAGAGAGUGCUGUUCAUUCCAUUCAUGGGAUGCAGUAUCGGAGCGCCGAACCGAUUAUUCCAACCGUAACUCUUCAUAUUUAACGGUAUUCUCUCCCUAUGACAACAUCGUUCACAUUUCUCAAGCAGCAAUGGCUUCGCUCUUUCGCCUCCACGUUUCAAUGUUGUUUGAGACUGGUUUCAUGCUAGCCACUUUGUCAAGAUCUCCAGAACACGCGAACGGUCGUUGUCAGAGUGUGUUCAAACUUCGAUGUUCUCACUACCUGCAUGUCAAUACAUGUAGCAUUGCUGGUUAUAGAUUGUGGCUUCUCGGAUCGCUGAAGCACAACAAUGUGGCUGAAUUCGAAAACACAAUUCCUACCUCCCUGCCCCUGAGGCAAAGUAAUUCCUCGCCUGAUACACGCCAUGACGAACCUCUGCUCCACUCUUCAGCGCCUACAAUCUAUGCACACCAAUCCAAUCUCGUGGAUUUUCGCUUCCUUAUGCGGACGGCAGGCACAGCAGGAAGGAACAAUAUCCGGUUUCAGAACUACUCCGAUACAGUGUUAGUAGCGAAGACAAGCCUUUUCCAAGCCUCGCCGGUCAAGUCGCCCUGGUUAUUGAGGCUCUUCUUUCAACCGCUCUCUUCAACGCCAAGCCAAGUCUUUACUCCAUUUCUCCUCUUCAGUUCAUUCAUUUUCAACAUGCAGUUCACUACGGUUAUCGCUGUUAUCCUUUCCAUGGCUGCUUUUGGCAUUGCCGCCCCAACCCCAGUUGCUGAAGACGUUGUUGGCCGCCAGAACCACGGCAUGUGCGUUGCAUCAACCGAUGGCACUCCUUGUCCGGGGAUGAAAGGGGGCAGUCGUGGUGUUGUACACAAUCUGUACUGCAAUCAAUACACAGAUUUAAACAUUGGGAAUCGGAAAUGGCGUCAAUUGUUUGCCUAUGGGCAUAUGGGAACUACAAAUGGAAUAAUUGCUGCCAUCGAAUGCGUCGUAGACGAUGCCUCUUACGAUAAAUAUGGAACGAACCAAGGGAUUACGGCGUACGCCCGACCACUUCUAACAUUGGAGCAGAUGUGUUGUGCUCAAACGAUAAGAUCAGGCCGCUGCGGAAAGGAAGGUAUGCGGUAUGUUAUUGCCUCGACGAAGCAAACUCCAACGGAAGGAGAUCUCAUCGUCUGUUUGGAUAACGUUCCCAUCAUUCGCACCACGAUUCCAUAUUCCAUCAACAUACCAUCCUCACAUCCCUUUUGGAAGAAGAUGAACACUCUCAGGAUUUUGCUCCGCAAGGAGGUUGUCCCAGUCUUUCGCGAAUAUCCCUUGGGGUCUAUAUGA